AUGUUCGCCUCGGUGAUCUUCCUCCUCUGCAUGGCAUACGUGAAUGCGGGAGCAUCACUUCUAACCAAGGAUAUGUUCAAUGAGAUGUUCUCAAAACGCACUACGAGCCCCAACUGCGUCCAGGCGACAGAGAUACUGACCUUCGAGGCUUUCCAUAAGACUGCCAAGUACUACCCCAAGUUCUGCAACGAAGGCUCUAAAACCGAUCAGAAGAAACGACUGGAUGGUGGCCUGGGCAGCCGUAUGAAUGGGGCCUCUGCUUUGUGGAGGAAGUUGCAUGUGCAACCCGUGAGGGAGGUUGACACGCCAGUGCCGGGCGUCUCGUACCACGGAAGGGGAGCCAUCCAGAUCACUUGGAACUACAACUACGGUCGGGUGUCGGAAUUUUUUUUUGGCGACAAGAACAUCCUGCUGAAGAACCCAGAGAAGCUGAUCGACGACGGCGUGAUCGCAUUCAGAGCUUCGCUGGAUUUCUGGAUGACUCCGGUCGAGAUCAAACCCAGUUGCCACGGCAUCAUCAUCAAUAAAGCGCCUGAGUGCCCCGCUAAGGGUCGAUACAACGGGUACGGAGGCACCACCAAUGUGAUCAACGGUGGUCCGGAAUGCAACACGCCCACGUCACAGAAAGUGAAGAAUCGUGUUGAAUACUUCAAGCGGUAUGCUAAGAUCUUGGGUGUAUCCCCCGGCGAUCACCUCUAUUGCGACAAGGCGGUGGCUUACAACGCCGGUCGCUGUUAA